AUGUUGCGACUGCGGAGGCCCUUAAUGAAAAGCCACUCCUAUCUCGAAGACUCCAAGCUUCGUCUAGACCAUAUGACAUACCGUGACUCGGAUUUCGUCAAGAAGUCAGUGUCGAAGCCCAGCCACUUCAUGAUUUCUUUUUCGAGGGAGAUGGGUGAGAUCCAAUCCCUCACCCAUUUCCACUUCUGCCGCCAAGCAUCACAGUUGGUGUGCCGACCGCAGAACCGAAACUCUGUCAACCUUGACCAGAUCAAGUUGACCGUUAGUAACCGAAGUGUUAUGGCUUGUUCGACCGUCGGCACUCCUGACUACGUCGAUGCGCUUCGGGUCAUCCGACAAAUGCAAGAUGGAUCUUUCAAACUCAAGAAGUCAGUGUCGAAGCCCGCCAAAAAGUCAGUGUCGAAGCCCGCCAAAGCCAAGUACUUCGGCACUCCCGACUACAUCGCACCAGAGGUCUGCGGGCCGAUGAGAUACAGCAGAGUCAUUGCCAGGUCGUGGUGGAGGGACGAGCCCCCAACUCCGGUGUGGAGAACCCACGCUGGCCUCCCUCCACCACGGCCUGGUCAGUCACCAAUGAAGGAGCGGUGCUGGUCGACUUCUCCCGGCUAUAGAGGACGUUCCCGAAUACGGCAGCGAACUCAACAGAUAUCCCGAACGCACUUCCAAUCAUCCAAAGAAAGUGCAAUGAUCAGAUCUAGGAGAAGUUUCCACAAGCCCGGGCCGUACGCCAGACCUUCGGAUUGGUACUGUACUCACCUAGGAGCUCGUUGGUUGGGAACUUGGAGAGGGGCGCAGAUGUCUAGCUUUUGUAAUUGUACUAGAUGGGGUGCUUUGUACAGAUACGGUGUGGGGUUCAGCGAGGCAACUCCAGUCAUCUUGAAGGCACUAAAGCGACUUAUUGAGAUGGAACUUAGGUUGCAGAAUCUGUAG